AUGGAGCCUAAUAAUACCAGCCUGGGUCGGGGUGUCGACGACAUUCAAGCACAAAGGGCGACGAUUCCUAUGCCUAUGGGUGAGCAGACCGUCAAAGCCACUGAUAUCUUUGAUAAUCAUCGGCAGCUUGUCGACUGGGUUCUAGCCAAUGAUGGAUACUUUCAUCCUGACGCUCAAAUUGCCUUUAGUAUACGCAAGGGCUUCCAUGCCGUCGUGGUGGAUGGCACGAGGCUCGUUUCUGGAACUCGAGUGGCGAGUUGUCCCAUGCGAAUUACACUAUCAGUUCUGAAUGCUCUUGAUAUUUCACCGUUUUCAAGUCAUGGCACUCAUUUCCCAGAGUCUUUCCUCCGCAGCCAUUCCCCCAAACCUGAAUCUCUACAGGCUUUCUUUUUGAUGGAGCAAUUGGUCCUUGGAGAGAAAUCUUGGUGGGCUCCUUAUAUUGCCACCAUACCUACUGUGCAAGAGGUGACAGACUUACAAUUCGAGGAAGAAACAGACGUGGUUUGGCUUGAGGGUACUAACCUCAAGAACGAGCUGUCGACUCAGACUGCCAAGUGGAAGGAGAUGUAUUUGCAGGGCAUGGGCGCCCUCAAGAACCUGCGCUGGCCGAACGCUCUCAACGGCGAAUACACCUGGUCUCGUUUCCGGUGGGCUGCGACGAUGUUUGGUAGCCGAUCUUUCACUUCACAAGUCCUUGAAGACACUCUUCCGGCAGAUCAAGCUCGAUAUCUUCAUCGUCCUGCCGGCGAAGAUGCCCCAUAUAGUCUCGUGGAACUCUUUUCUCACCGGUUUGCAGUUCUCCUUCCACUUCUAGACCUCCUCAACCACAAACCAGGGGCAAAGGUCGAAUGGCAAGCCAGGUAUAGUUUUGUCGGUCUCCAAAUCCUUGAGACGUACGAAUCCGGGGAGGAGCUCUGUAACAAUUAUGGUCCCCGCGACAACGAGGGCCUGCUUCUGGCGUAUGGCUUCACGAUCCCGAACAACCCCUUUGACCACCUUGUGAUCAGCAUCAGACCGCCUCCUGGAUCGCCAUUGGCCAUGGCUCGAACGUGGAAGCCUGAUCUCCGGUCAGAUCCAGAGAAGCGGUGCUUCAUUUUCAACCACCUACAUCCACAAUCGACAUCAGCAAUAGCAUUAGAAACGUCACUUUUCUCCUUCGAUUUGCUAGACAGUAUCUCGGUCUUGUGUGCGAAUGAGCGUGAGCUCCAAACCAUGUUUUCGAGACAGCAGACAUUGAUGAGCUACUGUCUUGGUGAAACGUCCAAGUUUGAAGACGGUCGAAUCAUUUUGGCAACCCUAAGCCAGCUGCUGAGAGAUUGCUCUGCACGUGCCGAGAGACUGAGAGCCACGGAUCCAGCUCGAAAGACACCUCCUGUCGAACCUCUCAAUUCGAAACAACAUCAUGCAAAGAUCUAUCGGGAUAGUCAAUUGGAUAUAGUCGAAACAGCCGUCGCCGUCUGCAAGUUCGUCCUCAAGUCAGCUUCAAGCGAGAUUUCAGCCAAGGAUAUCCUCGAUCAAUUGCAACCUCAAUUUUCUGCCUUUGUUUUCCAGAAUCUUCAAACUCUUACCGCACGACACAAACGCCUUAGUCAUCAAUUUGAACUUCUCACUUGCGAGGCCAUCCUAGCGAUGCUUCCCAACAGUCUAUCUUCGACCGUGAAGAAAUGUUUAUCUGAGCUAGAAAAUAUUCUUGAUUCUACCGCCAAUGGAGAAGGCCAGAGUCUAGUAAAUCUCGAUAAGAUUCGCCUUGCGGUCAUUCUUUCAGCAUUGUACGGCGAAUAUGCUUAUGGAACAAAACUGCCACAUCGAAUCACUGAAUGGGUCCACCAAUUGGCGGAAUGGUAUCCACCACAUGGGGAUUCAUGGGCACAUGUCCCCACGCUUGGACCAUGGGCUCCAGGCGAGGAACCUCCAGCGGCAUUAGUGAGUCUCCUUGCAGCCCGAGCUGCCAUGUCUCCAACGAUGCCUGUUGAUUCCAACAUAAAACGAUGGCUGCGACCGGAGAGGAUAUGUUGGGGAUGGAAUGUCAUGGAGGAGGAAAUGGUACGAGUUCCGACAGACAUCUUGGGAUCGAGAGAAGCAGGCGCUGGUUCAGGCCAGGAGUCGACAUCUAUUCUAAUCUAUUGGCAGCGGUACCAGGAAUACCGGAGCUGGCUGAAUCUGCAGAUGUCAAGAUGA